CAAAACUAAAGAUGAUAUCCACCAAAGCAUAUAGCCUCUUCCUUGUCUCCUUAGCCUUAGCCUUUACUUCUUCGUUAUCUUUCACGGCUCCAGUCUUCACCGUAAAGGUAACCAACAACCUUGCACUUGACUCUCAUCCGUUCACCAUAAGAUGCACCUCGUCCAAAUUAGAUACUUCGUCUCAGGUGUUAUUUCGAGGUGAGACUUACGUGCUUAUGUUUGACACCGACCAAUCAACUAGAUGGAAUUGCGUCAUCUUCUCAUCAUCGGCCAAAAUGACUCCUUUCGUCCUCUUUGAUCUCGAUAGAGACAAAUCAAGAUGCAAACCCGAUGGUUCUUGUCUAUGGCAAAUCAAUCCUGAUGGUUUCUACCUAUACGUCGCUUCUAUUCAUAAAUACCAAAAGCAAUAUAAAUGGUGAUUCCCAAAACAACUUGCAUUGUGUUAUUGUAUCGUUGAGUUAUAUAUAUAUCAUAAUACUCUUAGAGUAUGCUUAAACUUUAUGAUAUAAUUGUAGUUAUAAAACCCCUUAUGUAUUCAUAAGAAGUCACAAAAAAAUAAAAGUAUGAUUAUUUUCACCUCCG